AUGGCAGCGGCCUCAAGAACCACCAUGCUUCGGCAAGUCCGGCUGCUUUCCUCAUCUACACGAACUUUCUCUACCACGACCCAACCUCUUCGUCUCCUCCGACCCGCUCCGACCGUACUACCAAAGCAAUUGCUCGUUCCAUCAUGGUCAGCAGCAGCUCGAUACGCGCCCUUCUCCACCUCAUCACAGAGAAACAUUCUACCAGCAGGUCCUCAAAUCAUAGAAGGAGGUGUCAAUGAGCCGGCGCCCGUGCCGAAGCCCAACCCUCUCCAUGGCAGCUACCACUGGACCGCGGAACGUCUCAUGUCCGCAGCCCUUGUGCCCUUGACAAUGGCUCCUUUCGCUGCCGGUUCUAUCAACCCGACUUUGGAUGCUUUGUUGAUCUUCGGCAUUAUCGUGCACUCCCAUAUUGGUUUUCAAUCAAUUGUCAUCGACUAUAUCCCCAUCCAUAAACACCCGCAAUUGCGAAAGGCUUUCAUGUGGGCGCUCAACUUGGCGACCUUGAUUGUCGGUAUUGGAUUCUACGAGUUCGAGACGAACGACGUUGGGGUUACCGAGGCGGUCAAGAGAUUAUGGCAUGCUGGUGAGAGCAAUGAUGCUACUAUCGGGAAGACGGACUCGCUCUCUUCACUCGGACACGACGGCAAGCUCAAGCAUUUGAAAUAG